AUUUCGUUAAGUUGGUAACGGUUUAGUUUACACAUUUGAAAAAGUCAUUGAAAAGUUUGAUCGAAUUAUGGCCGUAUCCGCCGCCGCUAAAGUGCAAGAAGUACGCGAAAUCACGCGUAUCGAACGCAUCGGCGCUCACUCCCACAUUCGAGGCCUCGGCCUAGACGACAGUUUAGAAGCUCGCCAUGUCUCGCAAGGUAUGGUCGGCCAGGUGGCGGCACGACGGGCCGCCGGCAUCGUCCUUCAAAUGGUACGCGACGGUCGCAUCGCCGGGAGGGCGGUCCUGCUUGCGGGACAACCCGGAACGGGCAAAACCGCGAUCGCAACCGGUCUGGCACAAGCCUUGGGGCACGACACACCGUUCACGAGCAUGGCCGGUUCCGAAAUAUACUCCCUUGAAAUGAGCAAGACUGAAGCACUUAUUCAGGCAAUUCGAAAAAGUAUCGGCGUUCGAAUAAAGGAAGAGAGUGAGAUAAUCGAAGGGGAGGUCGUCGAGGUUCAAAUCGAGCGGCCCGCAUCUGGGGUCGGAACGAAGGUCGGAAAGUUAAUCUUGAAGUCGACCGAUAUGGAGACCGUGUACGACUUGGGCGGAAAAAUGAUCGAUAGCAUCUUAAAGGAGAAGGUGCAAUCGGGUGAUGUCAUCACGAUCGACAAGGCGACCGGAAAAAUCAGUCGACUCGGGCGUUCCUUUACGAGGGCGCGGGAUUACGACGCGACUGGUCAACAGACGCGCUUCGUGCAGUGUCCCGAAGGCGAGCUGCAGAAGAGAAAGGAAGUCGUGCACACAGUCACCCUGCACGAGAUCGACGUGAUUAACAGUCGUACGCACGGCUUUCUCGCUCUUUUCUCGGGGGACACGGGCGAGAUUAAGCCGGAGGUGCGCGAGCAGAUCAACGGGAAGGUUGCGGAGUGGCGAGAGGAGGGGAAGGCGGAAAUAAUCCCAGGGGUUCUGUUCAUCGACGAGGUGCACAUGUUGGACAUUGAGUGCUUUUCGUAUCUGAAUCGCGCGUUGGAGAACGAGAUGUCGCCGAUCGUUAUUAUGGCCACGAAUCGAGGGAUUACGCGAAUUCGGGGCACCAACUAUCAGUCGCCUCAUGGCAUUCCUCUCGAUCUUUUAGAUCGUAUGAUUAUUGUGCCGACUGUUCCGUAUGAUGAGAAGGAGUUGAAAGAAAUUUUAAGUAUCCGCUGCGAGGAAGAGGACGUGCAGCUUGAAGACAAAGCCCUGGAGAUACUAACGAAAAUAUGCACGGAAACUUCGUUACGUUACGCGAUACAAUUGAUAACGACGGCCGGACUGAUUGCGAGAAAACGCAAGGCCCCAGAGGUGGGCAUCGAGGACGUUAAAAAGGCGUACAUGCUGUUCUACGAUGAGUCACGUUCUAUCCAGUAUUUGACCGACUAUCAGAAGCAGUUUAUGUUUGAUCACGGCGAUGAUGCGGCGUCAAUGGAUACGACGUGAGAUACAGUUCUUCCCUUGCAACUUUAGUGUUAAUUUUGUUUAAGCAAUUUGUGUUUAAAUUCGUAUUAUAACGUUUCGUACAAAUGACUUUUUAUUCCAUGUCGAUAUUGUUUCAUGUAAUUUGUGUAAUCAGGAUUUGAAAUAAACAGUUAAUACCGUA